GGUUUUCCUGUCAGUCCUCUGUGUCUUUGCCUAGAUGCUGACCGUGAAACUCUGAAGGCCACAAAGGUAUGGAAACUGGCAGAGGUCCUGGUGAAUGAGAAGCAGCAGUGCCAGGAUGCCAAGAGUCAGCAGAAGGAGCAGCUGGUGCUUCUGGAGAAGAAGAGUGCCACCUACUCCCAGGUGCUUCUACGCUGCCUCACCUUGCUGCAGAGGCUUCUUCAGGAGCACCGUCUGAAAACUCAGUCUGCGCUCCACCGCAUCAACGCCCAGUACCUGGAAGUCAAAUGCAGUGCCAUGAUCCUUAAGCUGAGGAUGGAGGAACUAAAGAUUUUGUCUGAUACUUACACUGCUGAGAAAGUAGAAGUUCAUCGUCUCAUUAGGUAA